CUCACAGCUCAUCUUGAUAAGUUCGAAUCAAGAUUGAACUUCUCUGGAUCAGCAGAGUUGAGAUUGCCAUUGCCAACAAUGAUCGGCUCAGUAUGUUCUUGCAGUAAUGUGUGCUUGCUCAGUGGCCUUCAGAACCGAUCAGGGACAGUUCUUCCAGCCAGCAGGCAGCAUCUCAAAAGCAAAAACAGACAGAUCAUUUUGACCAGGGCUUCUGCAGAGCCUGACACGAAGACCCUGGAGACUAUGAGGAAAUUUUCAGAGCAAUACGCCAGAAGGACAGGAACGUAUUUCUGCGUCGACAAGUCUGUCACCGCCGUGGUUAUCAAGGGGCUUGCAGAGCACAAGGACGAACUUGGCGCACCCUUGUGCCCCUGCAGACACUAUGACGACAAGAAACUGGAAGCAGAGCAAGGCUUCUGGAAUUGCCCAUGCGUACCCAUGCGUGAGCGCAAGGAGUGUCAUUGCAUGCUGUUCCUGACCGAGGACAACAGUUUCCGUGGAGAAGAUACAAGCAUUACUCUGGAUGAGGUUGUGGAGGCCACCAAGGGCAUGACAGGCGUGCAGCCAUGAUGUGCAAUUGUGGCUGAAUGCUUACCAGCAUCUAUUGAGUUGUGUGAGCUUAUGGAGCACUGCUUUCACUUUGAAAGCGAGCGCAGAGUGAGAGAGCCAUUACGCACCAAGGUUCGCUCCAUUGAGAUGCACGGAGAGGGUAACAAACAAGCGCCAGCAAUUUGUGGAUCUGAGGAAUCGCUUGAGCACAGGUUGCAUUGAACCCAAAUCAUCAUUUGAAAACAUGGCAAACUGUGUCAAGAUGUGCGUUUGAUAGAGUCACUGAGUGGGGCAAGCAUGGUGAGUUGAGGCUCAAAUGUCAGCGCUUACCUGCCAUAUUGCGUGGCCGUAUUGUACUGGGAUCCUGCAUUUGAAACAGCUGGCUGACACAUGGAAUCAGGUUUUUAUCGUCAUGUGUAGGAUGAGCAGUGACUUAAUUUGGGCAUUGCCGUCAGGAAAGCGAUGGUUUCAUACAAGCAUUCCAGUGAAGGGUGUGAUCUUUAUAUGUACAUCACGUCGGAUCUUGAGUGCAGAUGCGACGACCUUCGAGGCAGACUCCGAGUGAUAAAAUUUAACACCAACAUGG